AGCGUUGCCCGGCAGCCGUGGUCCGGGCGCAGCCAAUGGGAGCGCCGGGCGAUGUCACGUGGCCCCGGAGCCCCCGAAAGCGGCUCGCUCUCUGCGGAGCUUGCAAAAGCCGGACCGAGCGGAAAGAGGCCCCUGACAGUAUUCCUGGUUGAGCUGGAAUUCCCUUCCUAGUCCAUAAAUCAGUGAGGCUCCUAUUUGCCGAAACCGCCAGGUGCCCGCUGGCUUCUUUGCUUGCGCUCAUAAAGAACAGCAGUGGUCACAACUUCUUGAGGUGCAGCCAUCCCAGUCGGUGUUCAGCUCUCUUCACGGUGCGUUGCAGAGUCCGACUCCUGGAGCAUCCUUGCAGCUGUGUGACCUCCUGAGCCGUCAAGAGACUGAGAGGCUUAUGAGGAGCUUCUGGCAGACGAAACAGUGCCUAGCAAAGACACCCAGGAGGAGGGAGAAGGAGAAAGGGGACGGGCACCAGAGCUGAAACCCACUGUAACCAGCCAUGAGAUCGAUUCGAUCAUUUGCAAAUGAUGAUCGGCACGUAAUGAUGAAACACUCAACCAUUUACCCAUCUCCAGAAGAACUUGAAGCUGUCCAGAACAUGGUCUCCACAGUUGAGUGUGCUCUGAAGCAGGUCUCUGACUGGAUGGAUGAAACCAGCAAAUCGGCCCGGGCAGAGAGCAGCACAGACAGCAAAGAGGAAUCGGCAGACGGCAGCAACAAGGACCAAGGUGGCCGGGUCUUGUGUGGCGUGAUGAGGAUCGGUUUGGUAGCCAAAGGCCUCUUGAUAAAAGAUGACAUGGACUUGGAACUGGUUCUUAUGUGCAAAGAGAAGCCCACAGAGACCUUAUUAUCGCUUGUCAAAGACAAUCUUCCCAUCCAAAUCCAGAAACUCACAGAAGAGAAGUACCAUGUCGAACAUUGUGUCGACGAAGCAGCCAUCGUCAUCCGUAGCACAAAGGAGCUUCCGCUAACGCUCAAGGUGACCCUAACCUCCCCGCUUAUCCGGGACGAAGUCGAGAAGAAGGAUGGAGUAGACAGUGUUCCGAUGAAAGACCCGCCGGACCUUCUCAACAGGCAAACAUGCCUAGAUGCUUUGGCGUCUCUGCGACAUGCCAAAUGGUUCCAGGCCAGGGCAAAUGGACUAAAGUCCUGUGUCAUUGUGCUGCGUGUUCUGCGAGAUUUGUGCAACCGAGUUCCUACCUGGGCACCACUGAAAGGAUGGCCCUUGGAACUGAUCUGUGAGAAAGCAAUCGGUACAUGCAAUAGACCCCUGGGUGCAGGAGAAGCCCUGCGGCGAGUGAUGGAAUGUUUGGCGUCAGGAAUCCUACUGCCUGGUGGGCCUGGCUUGCAUGAUCCUUGUGAGCGGGAGCCGACGGAUGCCUUGUCCAAUUUGACUGUUCAACAAAGAGAAGCCAUUACCCAUAGUGCCCAGCACGCGUUGAGACUGUCAGCUUUUGGGCAGAUCUAUAAAGUGCUGGAAAUGGAUCCUCUCCCUUCCAAUAAGUCCUUCCACAAAUACUCAUGGUCGGGGACCGACAAAGAAGGUGCCGGUUCCUCUGCUUUGAAGAGGCCUUUUGAAGAUGGGUUGGGGGACGAGAAAGACCCCAAUAAGAAGAUGAAACGGAAUUUGAGAAAAAUCCUCGACAGCAAAGCAAUAGAUCUUAUGAAUGCCUUGAUGCGUCUGAAUCAGAUCCGGCCCGGCUUGCAGUACAAACUCCUGUCUCAGUCAGGCCCCGUCCACGCCCCAGUCUUCACGAUGUCCGUCGACGUGGAUGGCACGACGUAUGAAGCAUCAGGGCCUUCUAAGAAAACCGCCAAGCUUCACGUUGCAGUGAAGGUUUUGCAAGCAAUGGGCUAUCCCACUGGUUUCGAUGCCGACAUGGAAUGUACAAGCUCUGAUGAGAAGUCAGACACAGAAGGGAAGAAUGAGACCAUCUCUUCAAACUCAAGCAAUAAUACUGGAAACUCUACAAUCGACACCUCUGCUACCUUGGAGGUAAGAACUCAGGGUCCAAUCCUCACAGCUAGUGGCAAGAAUCCGGUGAUGGAGCUCAACGAGAAGCGAAGGGGCCUCAAGUACGAGCUCAUUUCCGAGACGGGCGGAAGCCACGACAAGCGUUUUGUGAUGGAGGUAGAAGUAGAUGGGCAGAAGUUCCGAGGGGCCGGCCCCAACAAGAAGGUGGCCAAAGCCAGCGCCGCCUUGGCUGCUCUUGAGAAGCUCUUCUCCGGCCCAAAUGCAGCUGCCAACAAGAAGAAGAAGAUUCUCCCACAGACAAAGGGGAUUGUGAACACAGCCAUGUCAGCGACGGUCCAGGCUGCUCGAGGCCGGGGGAGAGGCGCCCUCACGCGAGGCGCAUUUGUCGGGGCAGCCGCUGCCGCAGCAGCCGCUACGGGUUACCUGGCGCCAGGCUACGCCGCUCCCUAUGGGUACAGUGCUGCCGCCGCACCAGCCUACGGUUUGCCCAAGAGAAUGCUUCUGUUGCCUGUUAUGAAACUGCCCACCUACCCAAUGCCCCAUUACUCCUUCUUUUAGCCCACGGCAGAAACCCGUCCCCACUGACUGACCACCACAAAAUAUAUAUAUAUAUAUAUAUAUAUAUACAGUACAGAAUGUUAGAAGACUUUCAAGAGACAGGCCUUAGAAAGCCUGGUUUUUUCCUUUGAAUGCAUACUUGAGCAAAAACCAUUUGUAAAGAGAUGUCUUUUUCCUACCUUUUUAUUUUUAACAAAAAUGCAAAUUUAGUUCUCUUAAAAACUUGAAUACACACACACACACACACACACACACACACACACAAAUGGUCUGUGAAAAUGGUUACCUCAUUUUUCUCUCCUCCUCCUCCUCUCCCCCUUUCCAAAAUAACUUAUGCCAGCCUUCUGUUUUAGGGAAGAAACUAGAUGCUUAAAAUCUUUUUUUGUUUUUAAGUGAAGUACCCGGAUUAUGUAAAACUUAAAAAAACAAACAAACUUGUGAAGGAUGUAUAGAAUAUAAAAACGCUGAUCACAAAAUAAAACCCGUUUUUUGUUGUAAA